ACAAAUAUGUCGUUGUUGGUACAUCCCACAUUGUGACAUAUCCGUGAACUCCUUCCGUUGCCGUGCACGUGAAAAUAGUUGACAUUGCGCGGCACGCAGAGUCAUCAUGGCUUCGUGCUGUACACAGCUGUGUCUACAAUGCAGACGUCUUCUUCCCCCACAGAUGGUGGCUCGUACCUGGCGGUAUUCCACUCAACUUGGUCAUUGCACUACAGUUACAGGGUUACCGCCCAAAAUCCUGAAUGGACCCACAGUUGUGAGGGGGGAUCACACGGUAGCUGAGGCAAGACAGCGGUGGAAGCAACAGAUGUUCUGUUACAGUGACUUUACUGCCAAACAUCUGGCAACUGAGGCUAAGGAAGACAAGGAUAUUGAAGAAUUGUCAAGAGCUGUUGAUGUAGCAUACAAGAGUCCCUUGAUGCCAAUCAGAGAUGCUGUGCCAGUGACUGAAAGCCAGAUUUCAUUAGAUCUGGAUGCUGCUACUGAAUUUUCAGCAUUGGAGGAGAUCAGUGAUGAGGAAGCUGUCCGUAUAUUUGUUCCUUCUGCCAUGCCUCCAGCCUCCCUCUCUCUUAGAGACUAUGUUGACCAGUCUGAGACGCUCAGCAAACUGGUACAGCUAGGUGUAAACCUGUGGAAGCUGGAACAAAGGCCCAAUGUAGGCUCUAUGCUGCUGAGACUCAACUUCAACACAGAUGUGGCCCCAAGACUGCUGUUUCUCAAAGAGAUUGGGGUGGAUGACUCUCACUUUGGCAACAUCAUCACACGCAACCCCUUCAUUCUCACAGAGAGUUUGGAAAACCUACAGGCCAGGGUGAACUAUCUCAAGUCAAAGAAGUUCAGUUCUGAGACUGUUGCGUCCAUGGUGUCCAGAGCUCCAUAUCUGCUUAACUUCAGUGUGAAGAGGCUGGACAACAGACUGGGAUUCUUUCAGCAACAACUCAACCUCAGUGCUUCUAAUUUGCGGAACAUUGUGGCUCGUCUACCCAGAUUACUGUGUGGCAGUUUGGAGCCUAUCAAAGAAAAUUUGAAGGUGUGUGAAAUAGAGUUUGGCUUUAAGGAAAAUGAGAUUCAACACAUAGUUCUUACCGUCCCAAAAGUGCUGGCUGCAAAUAAAAGGAAACUAACGCAAAUAUUUGACCUGCUCCACAAUACCAUGGAGGUCCCUCAUCACCUCAUCGUCAAGUUCCCACAGGUCCUCAAUUCCAAGUAUUUGCGUAUCAGAGAGCGCCACCUGUUCCUUGAGUACCUUGGAAAGGCUCAAUAUGACCCAAAUCUGCCCAACUACAUCUCCCUAGACCGCUUGGUUUCUUUGCCUGAUGAAGCGUUUUGCACUGAGUUGGCUUUGGCCACACUGGAAGAUUUUUAUUUGUUUCAAAAGACACUCUGAUUCCUCACAAACGGACACCAUUAAAAGGACUUCAGACAGUGGUCAAGCACAGAUAAUAAAUAUAAUAAUGUGUUGCAGACAUGAAAGUUUGUUUUGUAAUAGUGAUGUUCAAUAAAUGUACGCAAUGAA